AUGCCGGGGCUGCUGGCUGACGCUCCUUCCUCCCUUUGCCUCCCCCUCCAGUUCCGAUACAAGAGGCGCGUCUACUCCCAGCCGCUGCUGGAUGACAAGCAGUUCGCCAAGCUGCACACGAAGGCGAAUCUGAAGAAAUUUAUGGACUAUGUGCAGACCCUGAAUGCGGAGAAGGUCAGCAGGUUGCUGGAGAAAGGACUGGACCCCAACUUUCACGACCCGGACACGGGAGAAUGCCCGCUGACCAUGAGUGCCCAGCUGGAGUUCUGUGCCGAGAUGAUCAAAGCCUUGAAGAAUGGCGGUGCCCACUUGGACUUCCGCACCCGGGAAGGGAUGACGGCCCUGCACAAGGCCGUCCGAUGUCGGAACCACACUGCCCUGCGGGGCUGGGAUUGUGGGAGCCGCACAGCAGGCAAAGGACAGCCAGGCAGCACCAAGGCGACGCUGCUAGACCUGGGUGCCUCCACGGACUACAAGGACAGCCGGGGUCUGACCCCUCUGUACCACAGCGUCAUGGUGGGGGGGGACCCCUACUGCUGCGAGCUGCUCCUGCACGACUACGCCAAGGUGGGCUGCAUCGAUGAGAACGGCUGGCAGGAGAUCCACCAGGCCUGCCGCUACGGACACGUUCAGCACCUGGAGCACCUCCUGUUCUACGGGGCCGACAUGACAGCCCAGAACGCCUCGGGAAACACUGCCCUGCACGUCUGCGCCCUCUACAACCAGGAGAGCUGUGCCCGGGUUCUCCUCUUCCGGGGAGCGAGCAAGGAGAUCCGGAACUACAACAGCCAGACCGCAUUUCAGGUGGCCAUUAUUGCGGGGAACUUUGAACUGGCAGAAAUCAUCAAAACCCACAAAGAGUCCGAUGUUGUGCUGAGCAUUGGAGAAGGGGGCUUCUGGGAAGGAACCGUGAAAGGACGGACAGGCUGGUUCCCGGCAGAAUGCGUCGAGGAGGUGCAGAUGCGGCAGUUUGACGCCCGGCCAGAAACGAGAGAAGACCGGACCAAGAGGCUCUUCCGACAUUACACCGUGGGCUCCUACGACAACUUCACUUCGCACAGGCUUCGCGAGGCCAGUUUGUUGCAGAACCUCAGAACCUCUGGAAAUUCAGCGGUCCAGAUUCUUUUGAGGGUCCUGGAAGGUCCAGUCCGUGGGAAGCUGAGAUCAGCGGAAGCGGAGACCCCAAUUGAGGAGUUCACCCCAACGCCAGCUUUCCCGGCGCUGCAGUACCUGGAAUCGGUGGAUGUGGAGGGGGUGGCGUGGCGAGCAGGACUGCGCACAGGAGACUUCCUGAUCGAGGUGAACGGCGUGAACGUGGUGAAGGUGGGGCACAAGCAGGUGGUCUCGCUCAUCCGCCAGGGGGGGAACCACCUGCUGAUGAAAGUGGUCUCAGUCAGCCGCAAGCCAGAGUCUGAAGACGUGGUUCGGAAGAAAGAGAAGCUGGACGAGAUCCUGGCAGCAGCUGAGCCCUCGCUGAGACCAGACCUGGUGGAAGCAGAUUCCCGGGCAGCCACCGUGAAGCAGAGACCGACCAGCCGGCGCAUCACCCCUGCGGAGAUCAGUUCCCUCUUCGAGCGCCAGGGGAUGGCGACCCACGCUGGGCCCGAGAAGCCCCACGUCUCCCUCCGCAAAGGCCUCCCGCGGACCAAGUCUGUAGGCGAAGAUGAAAAAUUUGUGGCUUCCCUAAUGGAUGGAAAAUUUCCCCGGAGUACGUCAAUGCAAGAUACUGUCCGAGAGGGCCACGGCAUUCCGCCCCCACCACAAACCGCUCCUCCCCCACCCCCCUCCCCCUACUACUUCGACACGGGCCCACCCCCUUCCUUCUCCCCGCCCCCACCCCCAGGGAGGGUCUACGACACCGUCCGGUCCAGCUUCAAGCCAGCCUUGGAGGCCAAGCUGCACGGGCUGCCACCAGUGAUCAGUGCAGCCGAGAUGUAUGAUCAGGCCAGGGCCGGCAUCCCCUACCCCGAGCGGCAGAAGCGGGCCCGCUCCAUGAUCAUCCUGCAAGACUCCUCCCAUAUCCCCGUGGAGCCCACCGACAUUCCCCGGCCAGGCCCCUCAGCCACCCCGCCCGAGAAGCUGAAGCGGAAGGGCCGCGGGGCGGACAACCCCUACGCCAACAUGGGCCAGUUCAACAUCAGCCUCUUUGCACCCACCAAGCCCCAGCGCAAGAAGAGCCCCCUGGUCAAGCAGCUGCAGGUGGAGGACGCGCAGGAGCGGGCGGCACUCUCCGUGGUGGGGGGUUUUCCCCGGGAACCCUCCCCCACCCGGCGGGGUCACCGCCUGAGCGGGAUGGAGUUCCCCUCCCAGCAAGUAGACACCGCCAGCCUGCCCUUUGCCACAGCGGUCGCGGGGGCCAUGAAGGACCGAGAUCGGCGCCUCGACGAGAAGCGGAAAUCCACUGUCUUCCUUUCCGUGGGGGCCAUAGAGGGGAGCCCCCCCACCAUAGACAUGCCAUCACUGCAGCAAUCCCGGUCCAUCGACGAGCGUUUGCUGGGGAGCCGGGACGUUCUCCUGCCUUCCCCCGUCUCCGCUUUAAAGCCAUUCCUCAGCAGUUCCUCUUCGACGUUCAUACACCCCCUGACAGGGAAGCCCCUGGACCCCAACUCCCCCCUGGCACUGGCGCUGGCCGCAAGAGAGAGGGCCCUCUCCACCCAAGUCUCCUCCAGAGGGGCCACCCCCAUCCACAGCCCUGACUCCGACCGGGUGGCGCCCUUGUUUGUGGACAUCCAAACCAAAGACCAAGAGAGAGGCGAGCUGGAAGGCCGGGGAUCUCCCGCGUAUUCUCCAGGAGCCAAGGUGGCCACCCCCAGCUCUCUAACCCCCACCCAAAGCUCCUGGGGGAUGCCCGGAAUCGCAAGGAAAGAGGGCGAGGCACGAACUGUGACCCCGGUGAAGGAGAUGGAGAAGAAAGUAGAGGACAAGAAGGGCAUGAUCCUCAGCAUUGUGGAUACCUCGCAGCAGAAGAUGGCCGGCCUGAUCAUGGUGCACGCGACAAGCAACGGCCAAGAGCUCGGCUUUGAUGUGCAGGAGGAGAAGACCCCCAUCCCAGAGGCGGGCCCAGAGCCAGCGGAAGUGUCCAUGGCGGAGGCUCAGCCCAGUCCCGUGGGGAAGGCGCCCGUCAGCCCAGCCUUGGACAAGACUCUCGGACAAGGGAGUUCGGAGGAGGAAGUAGAGACGUACACGGUCACUCUGCCGCCUGCUCAGCUGUCCUCGAGCGAUGAGGAAACCAGGGAGGAGCUGGCUAAGAUUGGCCUGGUGCCGCCACCCGAUGAGUUUGCGAACGGGGUACUGGUCACCACCGCUGGCACACCUAUCAGCCAACUGGCUGCUCCAGCCAUCGCCCCGCCAUCCGUGCCAGCGGCAGCGGUCCCACCUUCUACCAUGGGUGGAACACCCUCAGGGAAGCCUUCUGAUGCCCCCACCGCCCCGGAGUCUGCCGCAGACUCAGGAGUGGAAGAGGUGGACACCAGAAGUUCAAGUGACCAUCACCUGGAGACCACAAGCACCAUCUCCACUGUCUCCAGCAUGUCCACGCUGUCCUCCGAGAGCGGGGAGCCCACCGACACCUACACCUCCUUUGCGGAUGGGCACACUUUUGUAUUCGAGAAGCCGCCAGUGCCUCCAAAGCCGAAACUCAAGUCCCAGACCAGCAAGGGGCCGGUAACCUUCAGGGACCCACUUUUGAAGCAGUCCUCGGACAGCGAGCUCAUCUCCCAGCAACACGCGGCCAUCCUGGCUUCCGCCAGCAUCGGCCGGCCACGCUACCUCUUUCAGCGAAGGUCCAAGCUGUGGGGGGACCCCCUGGACAGCAGGCCCAUCCACGGGCCGGAAGAUGACAAACCAACUGUGAUCAGCGAGCUCAGUUCCCGGCUGCAGCAACUGAACAAGGACACGCGCUCCCUGGGGGAGGAACCUGCCGGUGGCGUGUUAGACCCUGGAAAGAAGCCUCCCGUGGUGGCAGCACGACUUUUCAGUAGUUUAGGAGAACUAAGCACCAUUUCCCAGCGCAGCUCCGGCACCACCUACACCGUGCGUCCUGGCAGCCGCUACCCUGUGACCCGCCGCACUCCCAGUCCGGUAAAGCCUGCCCUGGAUAGGACAGACCCCCUGAGCACCGUCCGGCCCUACGGGCUCACCCCGCCCACCAUCCUCAAAUCUUCCAGCCUCUCCAUCCCACACGAACCCAAGGAGGUACGCUUCGUGGUGCGCAGCGUCAGUGCCCGGAGCCGCUCUCCCUCCCCCUCCCCUUCCCCGGGGCCCCCCCUGCAUCCCCUCCACCCCCCGCGGCCCUUCAUGCAGAAGCCCCUCCAGCUCUGGAACAAAUACGACGUGGGGGACUGGCUGGAGAGCAUUAACCUGGUGGAGCAUCGAGACAAAUUUGAGGACAAUGAAAUUGAGGGCACCCACCUGCCCGCCUUGACCAAGGAGGACUUUGUGGAGCUGGGGGUGACGCGGGUGGGGCACCGCAUGAACAUUGAGCGGGCACUCAAGCAGCUGGCAGACAGUUGA